UGUUAACCUAACAGCUGUCUAACAAGAUAUGUAUCUUAGGUUAGUUAGCUAGCUAUUUGCUGUCUAUUUGCUUCUGUUCAUUUGUCUACCUAACCUAGCGUCAGCUACUUAAACUAUCAAAGUUUUUCCAGAUGUAUUUGUGACAUGAAAAGGACGCUGAGAUUUUAAAAUAUAUGAUCGCUAGCAACACUCCCAAAUUAGUGACCUAUCUGACUAGCUAGCUAGCUCGACGUCAGCUGUUUAGGACGUCGACGCGAUGGUCCCAUCUGCUUGAGAAGUUGAGCUAACCAUGUUAUCUAGCUGUAGUCGCAAACCUUUCAUUACAGUUUCAUAUUUUAUAUUAAAAAGGCUGUUUGAUAUACGUCUGUCGCAAACGCUGUCAAAACUGCUAACGCUAGCUGUCCAGCUACUUCUGUUCAAGUAUUUACACGCAACAAAAGCCAUGCUUUCCAGUAAUAUGCACUAACAAUAUGGAGGCCUUAUAUACGAUGGCUGUUCCACUUGGUCGACGUCUUGAUAUCAAGUUGAAAAGUGAUUUUCUGUCUUGCUUCUAUAUAGUCAGCAUGGCUCGCGGACACCAGAAGAUUCAGUCUCAGCAAAAAAACGCCAAGAAGCAGGCAGAAAUCAAGAAGUCUAAGGGCCACGACCAGAAGACGGCAGCGAAAGCCGCCCUGGUGUUCACCUGUGGAGUCUGCAGGUCACAAAUGCCCGAUCCCAAAACCUUCAAGCAGCAUUUUGAGAGCAAGCACCCAAAGAGCCCCCUCCCCCCUGAGCUGGAAGGCGUAGAGGCCUAGAUGGAGCGCAACAGCCACCGACCCCCACCGUGGAGCGAAGACUGUGGACACUGACCUCGCACCCUGCCCCAAUCCCCUCCACUGGUACACUGUUUCAGAAUGACUCCUGCCCCAGCAAAAACAUCAGAUCAAUGUAUUACCUCAAUCUACUUGCAGUUUCACACAUGGUCAUAUUGGGAUUUCUUUCUCUUCUUCUGGUGUAGACAGAGGUGACUAUAAAUGAUUGAAAUGGUAAAUGGUUCAAUGUUUUAGGUUUUUUACCCAUCUAACCACAGUACUUUAUCAAUUAUUGUACAGUGGGUUUAAUAAAAGUACAUGUGUGAUUUGGUGGUAAUGAUAUAGUUAUUUGCUCUGUUGGUUUUGCAUAAACAACCUGUGGUAAAGACUGUUUGGUAACAGAGUUUCUGUAAUCAUGACAGCUAUUGGAAAAUGUUUAUAGGUUGUUUCUCUCCAAUCGCUGUAUGUAGCCAGGGAUAACUGUAAUUCUUUAUGCUGCAGAAGUUUUAAUUAUUCACUGAAAUGAUUUCAGAGAUAUUUCCUCAAUAUUUAAAAUAAUAUUCAUGCUUCUGUGCCCUGAUUUCUGCACCAAUGUAAUAUAACAUUUUAAUAAAGUUUAACUUUGUUUAAGAA